AUGAAGAAAUUUCUGGCGGCCAAUACUCGAUCUACGAAGGAGCAGGAGUGUUCCGAAACGCAAGUGCAGGAACUUCACCCCCGCCCAGCGAUGGCCGCUGGGGCCAAGAUAACCGCACGAUACAUACCUGAAGACCACAAGGAAGUGGCGGAGCUCUCCGAUGCAGUCCUGGUGUUGAAGAACGAGCGCCUGCCAGUGAACAGCGGGAUACUGUCCAUGCAGUCCCGUGUGUUCUGCAGGCUGAUUGUCGACACAAAAAACGACCGAAAGGCCCAGGCGGACGGAAAGCUCGCCAUCUCUUUGGACGCAUCUGUGACUUUGGAGGAUGCGGUUCUGAUGCUGUCGUUCGUGUAUGGAAAGCGGACCGAUAUGAAUACGGCUGAGGAGGCGUACCGGAUGAUUGUGCUGGCGGGCAAAUAUGACAUUCCGAAUCUGAUGAGGAUCUCCAUAGCAAAAAUAAGGGAACUUGCUCCUGGGCUGCAUUUUGUCGCACCUGGGCAUGGCGACAAGCACAUGGAAGCUGUACGAUGGUUGGCGGUUGCAGAUCGGCUUGAUGCCAUGGACGACUUGCGGACGGAGUGCCUUUACAACAUCCUGAGGGACUUGGUGCUUUCCUCUCGCCCUUCAUCCAGUGAAGAGAUACAGAGUGCUCUCAAGUCUCUGGACAGUCAUGGCGUGACCGCAAGUGCCAUCGGAGUGGUGACAGCUGCGCUUGCAGAGUGGGGCAGAUAUUUGUAUGAGAGCAGCCGAAACAGGAGUGCCGAUGAUAUGGCUGAGGUGCUAAGCACGUCAAAGAGCUACUUUUGUGGUCUAUUGACAACAGCGAGAGCAGUGAGAAGCCCCCCACCCUCCCUUAUUAAGAGCUCACUGCCAGUGAGCCUGGCGCUUUUUGCAGCCGCAACAGCAAUUUAG